AUGGCUCACCCUGCAGCAAUCAAACUCACCAAGCGACCGUAGGCUCUUCCAGUUCCAGCAGCAUGAUAUCACACAUUGAGCUUCCAGAGGAUAUCUCGCGGCACAUAUAUUCCUUGUUGACAAUGCGAGAUGCAGCUCGCACAACAUGUGUGUCUCAGAGAUUUCUACAUUUCUGGAGGUGCUUCCCCAAGCUGGUAUUCAAUCCGGAAACUUUGGCCGUGGGCAGACAACCUUUUUUUCGGGGUGGAGAUAGAGGCAAGUAUAUUUUCAGGAAAGCACAAGAGGUGCUUGAGAACCACUCAGGCAUUGGAGUGAAGACGCUCAAGCUUCACCUCUCCACCUGUUGCAAGAAAGACAUCGACACCAGCCUUCUGGCUGGCUGGCUCCAUGCCUUUGUGAAGCCCGGAAUCGUCGACCUCGCUGUGUUGCUGCCUGAUUGCUAUGCAUCUGAAUACAGCUUUCCAUACUCGCUUCUGUUAAAUGAUGAUGUGGCCAACAGCAGAAUGCCCUCAGUUCUUAAGUCUCUUUACCUCGGCUCAUGUGGCUUCCAUCCCACACCCACAGACGACCCAAGGAUGCUUGCUUUCUCUUGGAGCUUAUCGAGACUGCGAUUGUGCAAGGUCGGUGUCACUGGGAAUGAAAUAUGGUUUUUUCUUUCUAGCUGCUUCUCUCUAGAGCGGCUGGAUCUCUCAAACUGCGACAUGAUAACCUACCUGAAGAUACCCCAUGUUCUACGGAAGCUCAAAACAGUGUGGGUGAGAAUGUGCAGAGAGCUGGGGGUGAUCGAAAGCCAUGCUCUGAAGCUCUCCACCUUUAGCUACGAAGGACGGCGGUUGUCGAGAUUCACACUCGGAGACUCAUUGGAGACGGAGGAGUUGGACAUGCACGCCGCACACAUGCAGGACAUGCUCCAGUAUGCAGGCAGCAAUUUGCCAUCCAUUGCACCAAACCUUGAAACGCUUGUGCUGUGAACAUUUCAUGAGAAGCUGAAGGCACCUGCAAUGACCGACACAUUUAAGCACCUCAAGCAUCUCGUUAUCUGCCUUGGUGAAUGUGGUGAAUUCUGCACAGGCUAUGACUUCCUUUGUCUGGCUUCUUUUCUUGAUGCUUGUGUUGCGUUGGAGACUUUCAUCUUACGUAUUGAAGAUGGUUUCGGAUGGUACAAGAAGUACCUUAUUUACGGGAAACCAGAUGAAAAUCCAUUGUAAUCCAGGAUAGAGCUCCCCGGAUUCUAUCAGGGCGGCCUUGUAAACCUUAGGAAGGCGACCAUCACAGGCUUCUGCUCUGCCAAGAGCCUUGUCGAGCUAAUUAACAUACCACAUCCUCGAGCGGGCGGCAUCCUCGUUGCAAUGCCUCGUCCUGGACACCUCCCCCGGCUACGACAGAAAUUUGUCCACCUUCGACAGGUGCUUGCCGAUGUGCAUGAAAGCUCUCCGGGAUGCUGAGAAGGAGCUCGCUGAUGUAAGGCGAUACGUCGAGCCAAAGGUCCCUGACGGUGUUGAGCUGAAGGUUCUUGGGCCCUGCAGCCAGUGCCAUUACAUGGAUGCCAAAGCUAUGGAGGAGGCAGAAUCGAAAACUGGACAGAGGUUUUUGCAGCGUCAAGAA